UUUAGCUUGGAUUGUAUUAAGUGAUAUUGAUAGAGCGGAACAGAGAUCCCGAAAUGAAAUUCCUACUACUGAUUGCUCUUCUUGUGGUUGCUGCUUCGGCGACGGACAACAAUGACCCGAUUUCCCAGGAAUCCAAUGUGGAGUUCAAUGGCAAAUACCAUUACCAUUAUGAGCUCAAAGAUGGCUCCAAGGCCACUCAGGAUGGUGUUUUGAAGUCGGUGAAUGCCGAACACAACGGCGAAGCGGUUCAUGGCAAAUACUCCUUCGUGGGCGACGAUGGCCAGACUUAUGUGGUGUCCUACACGGCCGACGAGAAUGGAUACCGGGCGGUGGGAGACCACCUGCCCACUCCACCACCCACUCCCGAGUCCGUCCUGAAGGCUCUGGAAUACAUCCGGCUGCAUCCCUACACAACUCCCGAGAAGAAGCACUAAACAUCCUAAUAGAACUGAGCCAAAAUGUGAUUGGAACCAAAAGAACUGA